AUGGCACCAAAAGGCGGUUACAGGAAAAUCUCUGCUGAUGAAGAUAAAAAAGUCAGUUUUGUAUCUUCACUUCUUUUUCGUUGGAUGAACGGAGUCCUUAAGGAAGGCAGUCAAAGACCUUUGGAUCAAAAUGACUUUUUACCCUUAUCAGAGGAGAACUCUGGCCGUUUUGUCACCGACAAGCUUCGAAAGAGCUGGGAAAGCGAGAAACAUGAUUGCAAGAUGAAUGGGAAAAGGCCCAGACUUUGGAAAAGCGUGUUUCAUAUGCUUUCUGCCAAAGAUGUUAUCAUCAUUUUGACGGGGAAUGUAUUAUGUACAACUUCUCGCCUUCUCUUUCCACUGUUUCUCGGGUAUCUUGUUUCUGAGCUUACGUCAAGUGAGGCAGAGAAUACUUAUCGGCUCUACACCUGCGCAUUAGCUAUGUGUCUCAAUGGUUUGAUUGGUGGUCUUGGUAUGCACCAGCGAGACUACAGAUGUGAAAUAUUAGGGAUCAAAAUAGGAAGUGCCCUGAGGGGACUGGUUUACCACAAGGUAGGCACGAUCUUAAAGAGCAUUCUAUGCAGUUUUUGAAGGCUCAACCGAUUUUUCUAAUACCCUAAACACCCCAAAUUAAGCCAAACAAGCUUGAACACAAGUAUCUAUCCGAUAUAGGAUAAUUUUUUUUUUAGAAAUCUGAUCGAUUGCAAUCGGCUUAUGCCAUGGAGGCCUAGAAGGAGAGGGUUAUAAAACAUCAUCGCUAGUUGCUGCUUCUGAGAGAGCAAACAAUCUUGCUCACCAACAAAAUAAUCGAAGAAACAAACAGUUAUUGAGCCUGCAGUUAAGUAGGCUACAGAAACCAUAACGUAUACGGCCGCACUUCUGAACGAGACUCAAAAUGGCUGAGUUGCCGCUCUUUUUACACAUUUAAAGAUAACUUAGGAGAGGUUUGGUUUCUCUCGUCUCGAAACGCAUUCAUGGAUAUCUUUAUGCAGGAGAUUAAACUCAGAUGGUUUAUGGAACCUACUUCUUCUUUAAUGUUUAACCUGUACUUUCUUUCAGACGCUUCUACUCAGUAAGCUGACGUUACUGAAAUUCACUGCCGGACGCUUAUUCGAUCUGAUAUCCAAUGAUGUUAAAAAAAUGGAAGAAGAGACAGUCAAGUUUUUUUUCACAGCCAUUUUCGCAGUCCCUGCUUAUGCAGGGGUCAUAUUCCUUAUCUACAAUUUGAUUGGUUGGCAGGCUGCUAUGGGUGUGUUCCUCAUGUGUAUACUCAUGCCAUACUUUGCCGUCUUGUCCUAUGCUAACGCUAAGCUGCGCUUGCGCACAGCUACAGUAUCCGAUGAGCGAAUUUCCCUAAUGAAUCAAGUAGUUUCCGGGAUCCGCGCGGUCAAAAUGCAUGCGUGGGAGGAGGAAUAUGGACGAAAGAUAAAACAUGUGAGAAGGUAAGGUAAAUUAUCAUUUUUAUUCAGAAGUAGGCUCCAACGACUAGCUUUAUUCAUUCCCGUAGUUGUUGACCCAAAUUAUUCAAACCUCGGAAAUAGAUAACCAAAAUCUGUUUUGUCUCCACUGAGAGCUUUAUUAGCUAGGCAGUUUAAACAUGCCCCCCCCCCCCCAAAAAAAAAAAAAAAAAAAAUGUCUGUGGACCGCUGUAUCAGCCAAUCAGAAUGCCUCUUUUCACAAAAAAUAAGUGUCUCUUGUAACCCAUAUUAUAACCGCAGGACUGGCCGGUCAGUUUAAAAAUUUCAGUAAAUACUGAGUAGAUAGUGUUAAAAGUGCACUCUGAAAAUGAUUGGCUACUCAAACUCCGAAUAGCCUUUGCAAUUCACCUUCGAGCGACUCGCGCGGGAGUUGCGCUCGGAAAUAUUGUAAUCAUUUUUACCUCAGUGUCGGUGAAAGGGGGUGGAUAUCAUCUCCACCUCAGAGAAUAAUCGAUUGUUAUUAUGGGUAGAACAUCUCAUCGAGUCUAACUUGUCUUCAAGUUAGUAUUAUUUUUUAAUACGCUGGUAUGAGGGUGCGCUUGCCACCCGCUCACCUCGUUAAUAUUUCAGAUUAGAGAGAACACUGACCACGAGCUGGUUCGACAGAAUGCUCACAUAACUUAUGAUAACCUUCUUUUUUCAGAAAUGAAAUCAGGGUCAUUUCGAAGAGGGCAGCCAUUCAGUCAAGUAUCGAUGCCUUGUUAUACAGUGCAACGCCACUGGCCACUCUGGUGUCAGUAAUUACUAUGGUGCUUGGAGGCUACACCCUCACGCCCGCCAAUGUUUUCAUGCUGCUGUCGUUUAUGGGUGUUAUAAAAUUGAGUGGCAUGUUGAAUAUGACAUAUGGUUUAAUGGUAACGUAUGACGCCUACGUUUCACUCGGAAGAAUCGAAGAAUUCCUUCUUUUGGAAAAUCUGUCAAAAGCCUCGGAGAGUGAUGAAAGCAACGAGCCCCAACAAAAAGCGAAAAGAACCUCAGGUAACGAAAGUUUCAGUAAUAUGAAAAAGGAAGAGGAAAAUACGGAGAAAGUUUCUCUGUCUCGUGAAGUAACAGAUAUAGGGUCCAUUAUACUAUACGUGUCAAAUUUAAGCUACGCAAAAACGCAUCGUGAAGAUGAAUUUAUUCUUGAGGAUAUCAACUUCUUUGCACCUUCAAAGAGUUUAACAGUCAUCACCGGCCCGGUUGGAAGUGGUAAGUCUACUCUGCUCUCAGCGAUCGCUGGUGAAAUUCCGAACGCCGGUGGAACGAUUGAUUAUCAAGGCUCUGUCACUUACUUGCCUCAGACUGCUUGGGUGUUCUCAGGAACGAUAAAAGAAAACAUUCUGUUUGGUCAACCCUUCGAGGAGUCCAAGUACGAAAGAAUAAUCGACGUCUGUGCUCUGAAAGAAGACUUUAAGCAGUUACCUGAUGGUGAUCAAGCAGUUGUUGGAGAACGCGGCGAGGUUCUGAGUGGAGGGCAACAGGCGAGAGUAAGUUUAGCUCGUGCAGUUUAUGCUGACGGAGAUAUUUAUCUAUUGGAUGAUCCACUGAGUGCUGUCGAUUUUAAAGUUGGCCAACACAUCUUUAACAACUGCAUCAAAGAUUUACUAGGGGAUAAAGUCGUUGUGUUUGCCUCUCAUCAGCAACAGCACAUGGAAAAUGCUGAUCAAGUGAUUGUGUUGUACAAGGGGCGUGUCCUCGACAAGGGACGCUUUCCUAAGCUGCACGAAAAAGGUGUAAUCAGUACAACUAUUGACCCGCUCUAUAAAGCAGCUCUGAAGGACAAAACGGACUCAUCUGAGCCGUUCGGCAGGGAAGAUAAGGGGGAAGACGAUGAUGCUGAAAAAUGCCAGAAAACACAUGCUAUGCCCAAUGAAGCGAGGAGUUUGGAGAUAGCGAAGGAGGAUCGGGGAAUCGGAGUUGUGACAUCCAGGCUUUAUUGGGACUAUUUCAGAAGUGGAGCACAUCCUUUGAUGAUAACUGGAAUGGUUGGUUUAAGUCUCAUUACUCAAGGUAAACUUAUUGUUAGAGUGAGUUACAAACCUUGGAUUAAGCCCUAAUUUCUUUUACUCUAUUUCAUGCAAAUCAUUUCACAUUGACUAUGCUUUUUACCAACAAUACGCGUUGUUUUUGAGAUUAGACGGUAGAGUCAAGAGACACUGCACAGAUUUCUGACCUUGUUCUUGAUAUCUCACUUGCUCGUACAAGCGAGAGGCAAGCGCGAGUGAAUGGCGAGUCACGUGCGAAUGGAAGAGCUGGUGUUUUUCUCCACGCGUUUGCCUUGCACUUGUCUCCACUCGCCUGAAAAAAAGUUUAAAAAAAAACACUCGCUCUACAAAGUAACUUUAUGAGACCAAAUGAAGUUUUCUAACAAUAUUAUAUGGAACAUGGUUGACUGCUUCAUUUUUUCUGUGACGUUAUGGUGUUUACAAAAACAUUCCCAGGAUACCAACUGUAGUAACUAAUCCAGGCGAGUUGUCUCUAGGCCCAAUAAAUCUUACAUUGUUCAACCGAGUGAUCCUAUAGAAAUACAUUUCGGCCACUUCAUAUUAAUGAUGUUUUUUUCAGCCAUCAUAGCUGCUCCAGACUUGUGGCUCUCAUUCCUUGCAAGGUUAGACCCAGAGGAUCAGAAGGACAAGACAUAUCUAUCUGUCUUCGCCUGUUUAGUUGGGGCGUGUUUCACAUUUAGUAUCGUUUGGGCUUAUGGAUUCUUGCAUGUUUGUCUAAAGUGCGCCGAGCGUCUUCACGAUAAAAUGGUUGUGGCCAUUUUACAAGCACCUGUCCUGUUCUUCGAUUCAAAUCCAGUGGGAAGAAUCCUUAAUCGCUUCUCCAAUGAUAUUGGCUGCGUAGAUGAGAUGUUACCCAAAACAUUCCUGACGACAAUGCAGAUGCUCUUGGUGAUAUUUGCCCAAAUUCUGGUAACAGUUGCCACAAAUGCUUGGCUGGUGUUUCUUGUUAUUCCAAUUUCCGUGCUGGUCGUUUUUCUAUCCAAUUAUUACUUGAAGACUGCCAGAGAACUAAAGAGGUUAGAGUCGAUAUCCCGAAGUCCUGUGUUUGCUCAUUUUUCAGAGACUUUGAUAGGACUGGACACGAUUCGUACGAGAGGAAGACAGAGAGAUUUUGUGGAUGCACUUUACAGGUAUGUCAGAGACAUUGAUUCAGUGUGUGGUGUCAGAGCCGAUAAGUACACAGAGCACAAAUGAGUUAUGAUUGCUCAUUUUCUAUGAGGUAUUUAUUUUUUAUCUACCGCCUAUACAUGAAAUUGUAUCACGCGUCUCUUGCAAUCCUAUCUGGUAUGUGCUAAGACACUGGUCAGCAAGUGGACCUUUCCGUAUACGAGGCACGGUCGCGGAGCAAAGCUAUCCGAAAGAGGCAUGAAGGGCACUACCGGUGGAAAAACUACAGUAAUUGCUAUGUGUGGUUUUCGUCCUUCUGAUAGGAUUUUAACAGACGCAUAAUAUGGACGGUCAAUCAUUAGGAUCUUGCAACGCAGAAAUUUCACGAUUAAUCAAAACUUUAACAAAUUUAUCGAAUGUGAUUGGCAUGCUCGUAAUUAAUCAGUGUAAUAGGACAGUUGACAAGACAUGCUUACGUGUAAGUAUAUACGCGCGCUGUUGUCGCGAAUUUCGCUGAGCUUUUUUUUAUGAAAACGUAUAAUUGUUGUCUAGUUUCUUUCUCUAAGACGUCAUGUCGUUGAAUUCUGUCCUUAAUAGUACUCGUGGUUAAAAAUAUCAGACUCCCGCUUAGCAGUCGUCCAAUUUUGUUAAUACACUCGUGUGAUUACCGACCGAAUUGGACUCCAUUAUGAGUUUAACAGGAAAUACAGUCAAGCGCCACUCGUCUUCUCCUUCUGAUAAAUGUUAUACUUAGUAUAAAUGAUGUAGUUGUGAUAGUGAACAAUUAAGAGCUGGCUAUUUUUGGAGAAUUUACUAUUUUUAAUGAAAAAGUAUCCAUAUCGUUAACAAAUUCGGCUCUAGCGGCUCUUACUUUAUCUGAGCCAAUGGAGAAUACCUAAGAAUGAGAUGCGGUUAAGGAAAUGAUCUUUCGGACAGCUAGCUAGAAGCUUACGGAUGUUUCUCGGAGAGUAACAUCUUUUUAAAGGAGUGGAAUGUCGGGCGGAAUUUGUUGAAGGGCUCCGUUACAUUGUCAGGCCAAAGGAGACUCUGGUCUCACUUCAGUGUGCAGAUGUGUAAUCUCUUUGAGGUUUUUUUGGAGUGAUUAUCUUAAAAAAAAAAAUACAAUUUGCUAAUAACAAGCCAAUGAAAACAAAAGAAAAGUUCACAAGUGGUGAAAGAGGACUUAACUUUUUAACAAGGAAACGGCAUCGGGCGUACUAAUAGAAAAACGCGUUCGACCAAUAGGCGGUUGGUUUUGCGCAAGUUUAUUGGACCAAUCACUUAGUUAAGUAAUACAAAGCUGAUACAAUUCGGUUUAUUUUCAACAAUCAAUUAAAAAAUCACUCCAUUAUUAAAACUUGUUGUGAUAAAAACUCGUCCCCGCAGAUAUCAAGAUGUUCAUAAUCAGGCGUACAUUAUGGUGAUGUCCAGCGGUAGGUGGCUCGGUGCACGUUUGGAUUGUCUCGCGUCCUUGUUAGUCGGUGCAGUUGCUGUGGCUGCAAUCUUGGUAUCUCAAGAUGCCGGUAAGCUCAAGAUUCUUAAUUCUUGAGUCUUUGUAUGUAAAGUAAGAAUCUAUAUAGUCGUGUAUUAACACAGCAUGAACAGCUGAAUAAUAAAAUAACUGUGACUAUACGUGCUCUGUCAUUAACGGGUAGUUUUUAAACACGACAGAAACGUGAGAGUCACUCGGGUGGCUUAAGUGCUGAGAAAACUUUCAAGUGUCUAGGUUAGGUAACCUAGCCCUGUCAAUUUUCGGUAUAUGCUUUGAGCUAUGGAGAGAAAACAAGUAACAAGUCCGGAAUUUAUGGACUUAAGUUCCUGUUUUUCUUUUCAGCUUACGCUGGUCUCGCUCUUGUUUACGUCAUCCAAACUCUGACCAUGACUCAAUACGCUGUUAGGAAAACCUCUGAAGUGGAAAACUACAUGACGUCAGUUGAGCGAGUUAUGACCUACACCAAACUUGACCGGGAGCCUGGAUAUGAGGAAGAACGAACAUCCCUACAAGACUGGCCUCGGAGAGGAAGUAUUGUUUUGAGAAAUGUGUCAUUGACGCACUAUCCGGGGGGGCCUCGAGUGCUGAAGAAUAUCAAUCUUAGCAUUAAAGGAGGAGCAAAGAUCGGAGUUGCCGGCCGUACGGGAGCUGGGAAGUCAUCUUUUGUAGCAGCUCUUAUGCGCAUGCCUGAUGCUGAUGGAGAGAUAGUCAUCGACCAUGUUCCAGUUAAGGAGAUAGGCCUCCAACAAGCUCGACGAGGUAUCUCGAUUCUUGGCCAAAGUCCUGUUCUUUUUAGCGGAUCUUUGAGGAAAAAUCUCGAUUUUUUAGACAAGUUUCAAGACGCUGAAUUAUGGCAGGCUUUAGAGGAUGUACAUCUGAAAGAUUUUGUCGGGAGGCUUGACGCCAAGCUGGAUUACGAGCUGCUGGAACAUGGCGCUAAUGUGAGUGUCGGAGAGCGGCAGUUAAUUUGCUUAGCUCGUGUGCUGCUACAGCAAAGUAAAAUCGUCGUCUUGGACGAGCCAACUGCGCAUGUUGACCCAGACACAGAGCAGACGAUCUGGAAUGUAGUGCGGGAGAAACUGAAGGAGUCCACAGUCAUCACAAUAGCCCACCGUUUGAACACGAUAAAAGAAUGCGAGAAGAUUUUGGUCUUGAAAGAUGGAAAAGUAGAAGGAUUUGACAAAUUUGAUUCAAUAAUGAACAGUAAGUGAGAUGCCGUCUAAGGUUGAAAUACCUCGAUUGGCACCCAAGUCUUGCAGAGCAUUAGAUGUUUUAUAGUUGAUAAUCUUCUCCAGAGCUCUAAUUCUGCACAUCAUGGAAAAGAAUGACCUGCGAUGUUUUUCUCUGUUUUGACUCAUAAGCAUCUUUAAAAUCUCUUUCGCUGUCAUGUUUUGGGGUGUCACACAACGUCCACUUUGCCAUAAGUCUGUUCAGUAAUAGACCACAGAUGAAGUCAUAAUGCGGUAAGAACAGCAAAACCGGUACACUAAGCGCAGGCGAGUGUGUCACUGAUGUUCCUACUGCUCUAUGAAGUCCUCUGUGAUCUAUUAAUGAACAGACCCACCAUAACGUAGAUUACAUUUGUUUUAUGUAAUAAACAAAGCAAAAUUGUUCUCAUGUGGACGUCACAUAUCCGUCUGUCCUCCAGCUGAUAAUAUAUAAAAAACCAAUAGAGAUGCCUUAGGAAUGCACUCAAGAAACAAGAUAGCAGUUUAUUCAGAAAUAGGAAACUGUUCAGCAGCGUAGCUAUGUCCAGAUUUAGGACCGUAUAUCAGAGAGCAACGGGUUGUCAUGUCAACAUUUACUUUGCGUGUAAAUUUAGAUCUCCUCGGAUGAGAAUGUCAACAUUAAUUCACGUUGGGUAUAAAUUUAGAUCUUCUUGGACAAGCGGAAAGAAUGAGACGAGAUACAGGUCUACGAGAUAGCGGCACAGAUUAGUUAAAUUCCAUGUAUGAGAAAUAACUCAUUAGUCUCUCCUAAACAUCUGACCUUAAAGAUGAAUAAUUACUUAUGCGUGACAUAGCAUUAUUCGCGCGGAUUUGAGACGCAUUUAAACUAACUUUUCUCAGAGAACUUUUCUACUAAUGUAAUAGUAGUCAUAGUAGUAGUAACCAUAGGUUAAAAUAGUUGGAAAUCAUAGGCUUUGAAGGUGCGGGCAAUGGCUGGAAAACCUAUUAUUUAAAUCUGAAAGCCGCGAGCAAAUAAACUAAAUUUUUAGUUCAAAUGUGCAUUUCAUUAACCAUAAAGCGUGACGGGGCACUAUCUGCUUUCGCGUGUCGAAGUGCUCAGGAAAUGCAGAGACAAAUUUGACUGUUUAGUGAACGAAAUUCUUUUUAUAACAGCUUUAAAAUCAAAUCUCAACGUGCAAUCAGACUACAUUCGGGCGAAAGUAUUUUCAUAAUCUUUGCACUCUUUGAUGUCAAUUAUUUGAUGUUAAUUCUUGGCGCCAAAAUCGCUGUAAGUGCUGUAAUUUGCAUGAUCUUAUAUGUAUUUGUGAGGAUUAGGGAUAGAGUCAGGGUUAGGGUAACCUUAAGCAAUUUAGACCUUGAUAAAGGGGUCAUGAACACUCCGAAACGUCGGAACUCAUGGUUCCUUUUUCGUCUUAAUAUGCACUUGAUUAAGACUAAGAAAAAUCUCUCAAUAAAAUUAAAUUAACGUUUAUCUCUCAGAAUCAUUGUUAAUAGUAUUUUGGGCGUGAAUAUUUCUUAUAUAUGUAAACGACACACAAUGUUAAAAAGUACGCGAUCAGUGCGGACUGAAUCAACUCUUUCUCGCAGUUGCUGGUUUGGUUACAUACAGCUGAACUUAGUGAUCAAAUGAUAAACUGCUCGUAAUCGUGUGCAUAGCUCACUCAUAGAGAUCUCAUCUUCACUUUCGAGCCGAUAAUAAGGACAGUGAAUAAACUGAACUGGCGGGAAAUAAAUUCAUUCAGAAAUUCGUUCAACCGCAAACAAUGUUUAACAGUACUGUCGCUUAUGUCAUAGCAAGCGCCAUUCCAGAGAGGAAUCUUUACGCAAACAAGGUUAAAUGCGGAGCCUGCAAGUUGUCUUGCUCUUGGUAAGUUGAUCGUCAUUAAAAUUUUGUCGAAGAGCCCGCGCCAUAAUAAAAAUUAUAGUCGCAUGCAUUGAUCAAAGGGAUUAAUUAGCGCGCUGAAAGUUACGGUUCUUUAAUAUGCUUGGUUUCUGCAUUUGUGCAUUGGAUACACUUAACUCUCAAAGUGCAUCCCAGCACUAGGGGGUGUAUUAAUACCUAUGAGAAGACGGGGAAGCCUUAGGAAAAGCGUAGGGUGACUUAUAAUCGCUCCCAUGGAAAGCAGUGGUACCUCAGAAUAAAGGGAAAACGUCGAGAGGCUUAUGCCACUUUUGAGAAACGUUUUUGUUUCAAUUACUCUUAGGCGAGGUUGAGUCCUGAAUCAGCGUAAGUCAAGCUAAGUGCAAUUGAAAUUAAGGUCCAGUGAACUCUACUCUUAGAAAAUUAUGGACGGGACUUCAGACUCAUAAUGAAUGAUAUGUCAAACUUAUUUAAAGCGAAAGAAUCUAUGGCGCGGGAUUAUUCAGAUAACAACUGAAGUCGAAAGUUUGAAUACGAACCAUUAAUUAAAGUCGCGCUACGGUCUAUUCUUUAUUGGACAUAAUUUCCAGACAACAUUUCCAAAUUAGUUGUAGACAUAACAAAACGGAGCGAAUGUUUUCCCCUCACACUAUAACAAUCGUCAACUGCAGCAGAAUUGUUUGAAUGGACUUUAAUCAGGUGCAUACCAAGAUCUUAGUUAAACCGCCAAAAAAUUGAAAGAGCAUUGAUGUUAUUGUUUUCACUAGCUCGGAGAAUUUGUCUACUAAUAAACUUAAUGCUUGAAAUCGCUUGACAUUUGUAGGCAAAUAUCUGAUAAUUGUUAGGGUUUCAAGGAGUCAUUUAGCAGUACUUUGGAGAAAAUUUCUGACCGCCGGGCAUUUAGG